AAUCUCCCAGCUGCGUCGCCAGUCCUAAAAAAAUGGAAUGCGAAAGUCCUAGCGUUGUUGCGAAGCCCUCGUGAGACCGAAAGAUGGACAGGUCUGUGUCUUCUCGGGCCAACUGCCCGACAAGCCUGUGCCGAGGUGUUUGACAACAACUGCAUCCAGUGGAUGUCCUGCCUACUAGACAUGUACAAGAAACAACCCAGUGAGCGCACUCAGGCCCAUCUGGCGGCCCUGUUCCUGGAGGUGCUUGCGGUGGGUGUGAAGAAACCGGACCUUCGGCGAGCCCUGAGUGACAGUCACUUCCCACGCUUUGUGCAGCUGAUGCUGGCUCUGACGCGCACCGUGUCGUCUGCCACUACAAAGAGUAAGAAGGGUGCGAGUACCACCGCAAGUGCUGUGGCCAACAAACCAGCCAACGUUGCCAUGGCAUUGCAAGCCUUAGCGCGCUGUUUGGAAUUGCAGCCAGGCCCAGCGCGGCCCUUCUCGAAUCAGAUCUUUGCCACUGCCGUGUCGCAUUUGGACAGUUUAGAUAGCCGGGUUUUAGCCGCAGCAUGCACGUGCAUAGCUCAUAUUCCACUGUGUGGUAAGGCUGGUAGCACGCCGCAGGAGCAAUGGACGAUGCUGCUCACCACUACGCUGAGCUCAAUGCACCAGGUGUUAGACACGGCAUACGCAGUCUUAGAUGAACAAUCCGCCCCUCCCACAGUCGCUGUAAGAGGUUCCGAACUUCCUCUGCCAGAGCUCUCGGCCGAAACCAUCACCACCACACACAUGCUGGCCAAGGCGUGUCACCGGCGGUUUGCGGCACUGUGUGCGCUUGCGAAGACUAUGCUCGGCGGGAGUGUGCUGUUACGACAGAGUGUCCCAACAGGCCUGCUCUUCGAUGUGCUUGUGCGCGUGUGUGAAGUAGACCACUACACACCCACGCGAUAUGGUGCCGAUGCCACAUACGAACAGUUGAUGUGCAAUGUGGUACAGUACCAUGAGGCUAUGCUCUCUGUGUUCCAGACGGUGUGUGUUAGCAUGGGCCCCCAGUUGUUACCGUUUGCCGGUAGGAUCUGCUACCUACUAAACCAAAUGCGAAAGUUGCACCUAACCAAGGGGUCUACCUACCAUGGAUGCUCCAAGGUGCUGGUGCUGCAGUGCUACGUCUCGGCCGCUCAGUGUUUGGGGCCGGGUAUGGAUACAGCCACCACAGAUAGCAUGGUGACCACCGUGUUCAAGGGGGUCAAGUAUAUUGCUGUACAAACACAGAGUGCCGACACGCAAGCAAUCGCCACGGAUAAUGGGCAACUCUUUCAGUGGUGGAUGGCUGCCAUGGCAACGCUCGCGACUGUACUAUCGCGACAGACCACACACCUCACAGCAGAAAAGCUGAGUGAUCUAGGUGCGUGGGCGUGUCUCCAACUUACGGCGUACCAGGUGCACCCAACGCUGGCCCCAAACCUCCUCGGCAGACCCGAGUGUAGACUGGGCACGUACAAGGUGCUUAGGGCCAUGGCUCUCAAUUCACGGCCAACCCACUCGUCGUAUAUACAACAGGCUGUGCGAGUGUUCCAGAAGGGCAUGGUAGAUCCGGACAUCACGGUGUCUGAAUACUGCCACGAAUCAUCGCUCAUAUGCGACUGGCUGAUCCACCCACGAUUGCCGAUCACACAGAGGGUAGUGCCGGGGACUUCGAGUAAUCGACUGAUAGGACUCUCCUUAAUGGAGGAGCGGUCCAUUGAGUCGACGGCUGUAGACAUGAGCUACACGGACACCGCCACGCACGCACACACAGAGACCAGGGCCAGUUUGGAUACAAUCACAGUGAAGAGGUCGGAGAUGGACACCAGCCAACCAGAAGGAAGUAUACAACCAACAUCACACACUCACAUUCACGCUACAGUGAUAGAGAAAGUAGAGCACGAGCACAAACCACAAGCGCACACAAGACGCGCAGAGGAUGCACCUGAACAACCCACAGUCAAGCGCUCGCGUGUGCAGGCGAGUGAUGAGCAAGCGGGAGCUGAAGAGAAGACUGUCAUAGCUCUAGUGGGGAGUGCGAAUAGUAGUACUAUAACGGAGACUGAAACCAGAACACCCGCUGAGAGUACGAGUGAGGACAAAGGUACGCCUACGGGCGAACCAGACCUUCAGGCGUCGGGGCCAAGUACUGCAAGUGCACAUACAACAGGUACAGACACGCUGAGCGAGACGGAGGUGAAUUUGACACGUGACACUGACACGCCAUCCUACACGGGUAACGUCGCACUGUCGGAUGUAGGUACGAGCGAGCACGUGGGCGAUAACGAUGAUGAUGGCAGCGAUAUGGAUGACAUACCCGAUAUUGUAGACGAAGAACCGGAUUCUGAAUAGAAAGCUAUUUUGCUUACAGAAGUGGAUGAGGUUAUGAAUAUACCUGUAUGUGUACGGAGGGACCUGUUUGGGUAUACAUAUACAAUUAUACUUCACUCAAUAAAAUUAGGACAUGAUUAAACGCUAAAGAUUCAACGAGAGAUUUCGCGGGUCCUAUCAGUUUGAAAGUGUCUCGCCCGCUGAUUUAGCUUUAAAACACUGAGGAAAACAACUCAGCUAUGAUUGUACAUAGCCGUA